AUGCCCUGUGAAAAGUGCGAAGCGAAAUUCACCAAGCUCGUGACGCCCGACGUUAAAGAAGGAUCAAAGCGAAUUGUCGGCGUCAACAAACUCAUCGAGAAAACUACAAAAAAAGACAAAUUAGUGAUUGUUGGAUCGAAGUGUAAAAUAUGCAAAACCGCGCUGCAUAUGAAGGGCAAGUACUGCGCCCCUUGCGCUCAUAAGAACGGCCGCUGCUGGAUGUGCGGCAAGCGUAUAGUAGAUGUAUCGAAGCACAUCAUGAGCAUGGUCUAA